CAUUUCUUCAUCCAUAUCACCGUCGCCGUCGUUGUUGUUGUUGUCACUGCUGCGGCGAACAGUCGACACUCGCUCGCCUCGACACCCUAGACACCACCACCACAGCCCGCCGCCAUGACUCGAGGCUCCUCAGUCUUCCGGCUCGUGUCCCGCCCCAGGCUGGCACACAUGCUCGCCGUGGGGGCAGUGUUCGCCGUGCUCUCGCUGCUUCACCUGGGCCUGCUGGCCGACGGCUCGUCCGUCAUCGGCGGGGUCGAGGCGCCCGCCAGCCGGUGGUGGCGCCAAGACUACUUCUCCACCACACCGCAAAAGGCGCCGACGCACGGCAAGUUUGAGGCCCACGGCCAGGAGUGGGACUGGAAGGGCGCCGCGAGCGACAUGUACUCGGGGUACAAUGGCGACGGGCGCAACUAUGCGUACUGGAACGCGCACGACGAUGCGCCGUGUGCCGGCUGGGACCGGCACGGCCUGCGCAAGGACGACCCGCCAGGCUGUCUCCGCGCAAAGCAGUGGCGCGAGAUACAGGACUUCCGCGCCAUGAUCGGGAGCGGGGCCAUGCAGAAGGGGCUCCUCCACGAUACGAACAACUUUGCUAUGGACCGCGUCGAGCGCUGCGUGCUCGGGUUCCUCGACUGCCCCGAGCGCCCGCUCAUCGUCUCGAACUUUGGGUACAUGAACAUCCGACUCGUGACAUCUGGCGAAGCCAUCUGGCUGCAUCCUGUGAUGAAAUCGGCCGAGGAGAUGGGUUUCAGCUUUAUCACGACGCAGCACGAGGACCGCGAGCACGCAUGGAACAUUACAAGGUUGUUGCCGAGCCUCGUCCACUCACUCUGGCAGUCGCCAGAGGACACGUUCCUCUGCCAAACCAACCCGCUCUGCGUCCGGCAGGAGGACUACAUCCCGGCCGAGGAGGACAAGUACCGCCACGACAUGAGCAUCAUCCCCAAGGAGCGCCUGGGUAGCCUCGCGCCGUGGCGCAUGAUCAGUGUCAGCUAUUGGGGCGACAGGCCGCCUGGGUUCGGCGCGCCGGGCAUCAACUCGGACCCGCAAUGGGGCAUCAAGAAGGGCAACUUUAGCACGCAUAUCCUGGGGAACAAGUUCCACUUCACUCCCUUCGCAUACCCGGGCCACACGCACAUCCCAUUAUCAGUCGAGCAGCGCUGCCUGCGGGCCGAGUACGUGCCGUACGAGGAACGCAACGCGUCUGCGCUGGUGCUGGCGAAGCGCAACCGCCUCUUCCACGACGAGCACAACACGCCCAUCCACCACGAGUGGGGCAACAUUGUCAACGGGCUCAAGGACAUCAACUACGACCUGCUCGCGGUCGCCAAUAUGGGGGACAAGGAGCCUGCCGACCAGGAGAAGUACCCCAUCCCGCCCGAGCUGCACAACCUGCGCGAGCUGAGCAGCGAGGGCUACUCUAGACUCGUGGCGGGCCAGCGCGCGCUGCUGGGCAUCGGCAAGCCCGAGAUCUCGCCGAGCCCGUACAUCGCCGUGUGUCUCGGCGUGCCCGUCGUCAUGCCGUACUACACCGACCUCGGGCCGACGCCAGACGGGCCAGCAAAGUGGGAGCUGUUUUCGUUCGACCACGUCCAGCAUGGCCCGUUCAACACGCUCGGGGAGCCAUACGUGUACGCGUACAACAUGAGCGACCCGGCCGACCUGAUCGCCAAGCUACGCAAGGCGGUCCAGACGCCCAUCAAGCCCUUCAUCCCCGAGGACAUGCGCAUGGAGUCCUUGCGGCGAAGGGUACACGCCGCGCUCUUCGAGACGGACUGGGAGGCAGAGUACAAUGCGCGUGUGGCCGAAAACGGCGGCGUGCCGCCCAAGUUCCCCGCGUACAUGAUGGACCAUUGUCAUCGGACGGGCUUCUGCCAGAACGCACCGAUUAUCGGAAAGAACAAGGGCGCGUUCAACUUGUUCCCCGCGGCAAAGGAGGAGUAGACAGGGCAACGACGUGUAUAGAUGGGCUUGUGUAGGACGUUACUGUAGCUUACCCCAUAGAAAUAGAC